CGAACGUACACGUUAGAAAACAAAUGAGAGAAUCAUGCGGACAACGAGGAAAGCAGGUCUCCGUCCCGAUAUUUUCUGGGCAUCCAAACACCGAUAAUGCCGGACUGAAUCCUCUUUCUCUCUCUAGGGUUCACGGAUCGUCUUAUUCUCUUUCUCUCUCCGACACUACCACGCGGUUGGAUGCAGGCUUUGUGAAUUUGAAAAUUUCCGUCGCCCAAGGUCGAAUAUUUUUGCAAGUUUGGCUUGCAAUUGAGAGGUUGUUGUGUUUUUGAGGAAUGGUUGUUAGAUGUUCUGAAAUCAGCUGAGGUGGAGCGGAAGGAAUGGAUUCUGCAAGGAGUUGGUUUCAGAAGUUUCAACCGCGGGAGCGAGUGAGGCCUUCAGCUAGGAAGAAGGAAGGCACAGGUGCUGAAAAAGAAGAGACAGGUCCUACAGCAGGAGAUGAAACACCUUCAAAUGUCACAAAGCAGAAAGUUGCAGCUGCAAAGCAGUAUAUUGAGAACCAUUACAAGGAGCAAAUGAAGAGUCUUCAGGAGAGGAGGGAACGGCGAAAUAUACUGGAAAAGAAGUUGGCUGAUGCUGACGUCUCCGAGGAAGAUCAGAAUAACCUGCUAAAACACUUGGAGAAGAAGGAAACUGAAUACAUGCGCCUUCAAAGGCAUAAGAUGGGUGCUGAUGAUUUUGAAUUAUUGACGAUGAUCGGGAAGGGAGCAUUUGGAGAGGUAAGAGUCUGUAGAGAGAAGACAACGGGUAAUGUGUAUGCAAUGAAAAAGCUUAAGAAGUCAGAGAUGCUUCGACGAGGCCAGGUGGAGCAUGUUAAAGCUGAAAGGAAUCUGCUUGCAGAGGUGGACAGCAAUUGCAUUGUUAAACUUUACUGUUCUUUCCAAGAUGAUGAGUUUCUUUAUCUUAUUAUGGAGUACCUACCUGGAGGAGAUAUGAUGACUUUACUCAUGAGAAAGGAUACCUUGACUGAAGAUGAGGCUAGAUUUUAUGUUGGAGAAACAGUUUUGGCUAUUGAAUCUAUUCACAAACAUAAUUACAUUCAUAGAGAUAUUAAACCCGAUAACUUGCUACUUGAUAAAUAUGGUCACUUAAGACUAUCAGAUUUUGGACUAUGUAAGCCAUUGGACUGCAGUACUCUUGAGGAGGAUUUUACAAUUGUUAACAGUCCUAAUGGGGGUCAUCAGGGUGAUCCUGCAGCACCGAAGCGCACCCAACAAGAGCAACAACAGCAUUGGCAGAAGAACAGGAGGAUGCUUGCUUAUUCUACUGUUGGGACACCAGACUAUAUCGCUCCAGAAGUUUUAUUGAAGAAAGGUUAUGGGAUGGAAUGUGAUUGGUGGUCACUUGGUGCUAUCAUGUAUGAAAUGCUUGUGGGGUAUCCACCUUUUUAUUCUGAUGAUCCCAUGUCAACAUGUAGGAAGAUUGUAAAUUGGAGAACUCAUUUAAAGUUUCCUGAAGAAGCAAGUCUAUCUUCCGAAGCAAAAGAUCUUAUCAGUAAACUUUUGUGUAAUGUAAGCCAGAGGCUGGGAUCUAAAGGCGCAGAUGAAAUAAAGGUACACCCAUGGUUUGAAGGUACUGAAUGGGAUAGACUAUAUCUUAUGGAAGCUGCAUUUAUUCCCGAGGUCAGAGAUGAAUUAGAUACUCAGAAUUUUGAAAAGUUCGAAGAGUCUGAGAGCCUAGGUCAAUCAUCAUCAAAAAGUGGUCCUUGGAGAAAGAUGCUUUCAUCGAAGGACAUGAACUUUGUGGGUUAUACGUAUAAGAACUUUGAAAUCAUCAAUGAUUAUCAAGUUCCUGGAAUGGCUGAAUUGAAGAAAAAAACCAACAAACCGAAGAGAGCAUCCAUCAAGUCACUUUUUGAGGAAGAAUCGGAUGGAUCUGAUACAGUUGCUGAUAAUCAACCUGUUCAAGGGAGCUUUUUGAACCUCUUGCCUCCCCAACUAGAAGUGUCUCGAGAUCAGAAUGAAUCAUCAUAAACCCAACUAAUUUCUCCAUAUCAUCAGAAGUUGAAGGACCUCCAGCCCACUAGAUGAAGCGCAUUUGGACUUUUAAGAGUGUGGAUUUUGUUCUCAGUUGCCCCUUCUGCAGUUUGCUUUGUUAGUGGCUAUUUUUUGGCUGGAACUUGAGGUAUGGUUGAAAACUUGAGGUCUGAGGCCUGAAGAAAGUUGCUGGGUUUCAAAGGUACUAAUCAACAUAUAGUCCCGCUUGGAAAUCUGUAAGUUUUUCGUCUUUUUUUCUUUUUCAAAAAAAAGAAAAAAGAAAAGAAAAGAAAAGAAAAAAAAAACCCCGAAAAAAUGAGUAAAUACUAAUUCAUUUAAUAUUGAUUUGUAACUUAUUAAUCGCUUUCUCUCAAUUGUCAUGUGUAAUUGUGUUUUUUAACCUGAUUAAUGACAGCAAAACAAUAUGCUCAGAACCAGAUGUUUGAUAUUCAGUUGUCUAUUUUCCCAUGAUGCUACAGUUAGUAAAAGUAGAAAUCUAGCACA